AUGUCCCGAUUCCUCCGUCCCGCAGCUCGUCUGGCGGCCUCGUCCAGAGCUGCUGCCCUCCGCUCUUCCGCCUGCCAGUUCUCCCCUGUCUCUCAGUUCGCCAGCCGACCCGCGGCAUUCGCCGCCCAGACGAGGACGUACGCAGAUGCCAAGGGCACCAAGGACUACACUGUCCGUGAGGCCUUGAACGAGGCCCUCGCCGAGGAGCUUGAGUCCAACGAGAAGGUUUUCGUCCUCGGAGAGGAGGUUGCCCAGUACAAUGGCGCAUACAAGGUCACAAAGGGUCUGCUUGACCGCUUCGGCGACAAGCGUGUCAUUGACACACCCAUUACCGAGAGCGGUUUCUGCGGUCUCGCCGUCGGCGCUGCUCUGAGUGGACUGAACCCCGUCUGCGAGUUCAUGACCUUCAACUUCGCCAUGCAAGCCAUCGAUCAGAUCGUCAACUCCGCCGCAAAGACGCUGUACAUGUCCGGCGGUAUCCAGCCCUGCAACAUCACCUUCCGCGGUCCCAACGGUUUCGCUGCUGGUGUCGCCGCUCAGCACUCUCAGGACUACUCCGCAUGGUACGGUUCCAUCCCCGGCCUCAAGGUGGUUUCUCCUUGGAGCGCCGAAGAUGCCAAGGGUCUGCUGAAGGCUGCCAUCCGCGACCCCAACCCCGUCGUUGUCCUCGAGAACGAGCUCAUGUACGGCCAGACCUUCCCCAUGUCCGAGGCCGCCCAGAAGGACGACUUUGUUAUUCCCUUCGGCAAGGCCAAGGUCGAGCGGUCCGGCAAGGACCUUACCAUUGUCACCCUGUCCCGCUGUGUCGGCCAGACCUUGGUUGCCGCUGAGAACCUGAAGAAGAACUAUGGCGUUGACGUUGAGGUCAUCAACCUGCGCUCCAUCAAGCCCCUGGAUGUCGAGUCCAUCGUCAAGUCCGUCAAGAAGACUCACCGCCUCCUGUCUGUCGAGUCCGGAUUCCCUGCCUUCGGUGUCGGCUCUGAGAUCCUGGCCCUGACCAUGGAGUACGCCUUCGACUACCUCCACGCUCCUGCGCAGAGAGUCACGGGUGCCGAUGUCCCUACCCCCUACGCCCAGGGUCUCGAGGAGAUGAGCUUCCCUACCGAGAAGAUCAUCGAGGACUACGUCGCCAAGAUGCUGAAGCUGUGA